GCCUGCUCCAUGUGGCUGUAGUUUGCGGAUGUGCUCGCGUGUCGCUCAGCUGACAGACUCACAGCAAGGUUGCAGCAGCAGUGGGUCGAGCGGGCGGACUGUCCCAGGCUAUCAUGGCUGACAGCUCCUCUCUAGGCAGAGUGAGCGGCUCCACUGAAUCUGUGUCAACCGUCACCAGUGAGGAGUUUGUGCUUGUGCUGCCCACCGCUGGGGGCUCCCCCUCCAGCUCCGAGGGGAGGCCCAGGCUCAAGAUGUCGUGGAAUGGGAGUGAGCAGCUGGAGCGGGCGAUGGAGGAGGUCUUGGAUGAUGUUGGUGAUGUCCCAGGAUCUGCAGAGGAGAAAGAAUGUCCUGCAGCGCUCAGCUCUAAGAUCAGACCACCCAGCCUGACUCUGGACACUGCUCCUCAUGAAGCAUCAGCAGCAGUUUUGGAGAGUUCGACAGAACAGGAGGAAGACAGUGUGCAGUUCAGUAAACUGUCCUAUCUUGGCUGCACCUGGGUGAAGGCCCCUCGUAACGAGACGGAGGCCCAGAAAGCCAUGGCCACCCUGCGGGCAGAAAGCGCCAUCCCCAUCCCUGUCACCCUCCAUGUGCCCAACUGUCCAGACGGUUGUGUCCGGAUUGUCGACCAGGCCACUGGAACAGAAAUUGCAUCUUUUCCCAUCUACAAGGUGUUGUUUUGUGCCCGAGGAUGCGAGGGAUCUGUUGAGGACGACUGUUUUUCCUUCACCGAGAGCUACCGCAGCGCGGAGGACUUUCAAAUCCACGUCUUCUCCUGCCAUAUCAAAGAGGCCGUUAGUCGCAUCCUCUAUAGCUUCUCAACGGCCUUCAGGCGUUCGUCAAAAGCUGCUACAGACAUGCGAGACUCGCCAUUGCCACUUUCCCCCGAUAGCGAUGUCGUCACCUUCACCGUUUCUCUAGAAGUGAGAGAAGAUGACGGCAAAGGAAACUUCAGUCCAGUUCCUAAAGACAGGGAUAAAUAUUACUUCAAGCUGCGGCAGGGUGUACAGAAAAAGGUGGUGGUCACUGUCCAGCAGAUGAACAAUAAGGAGCUGGUAAUAGAGAGGUGCUUUGGGAUGCUGCUUAGUCCUGGUCAGAAGGUUCAAAACAACGACAUGCACCUCCUUGAUAUGGAGUCUAUGGGCAAAAGUGCUGAUGGGAAGGCGUAUGUGAUCACUGGCAUCUGGAAUCCAAACACUCCGGCUUUCCAGCCACUGAACGAGGACACGCCGAAAGACAAGCAGGUAUACAUGACGGUGGCAGUGGACCUGGUUGUGACUGAGGUUGUAGUACAUGUUCGGUUCCUCAUGGAGGCGCUUGUGCGGGUCUAUCCGGCUAAUGAGAGGUUCUGGUAUUUCAGCAGGAAGGCCUUCUCUGAAACGUUUUACCUCAAGCUCAAACAGUUUAUUUCUCCUCCAGACAAGCAGGUAUACAUGACGGUGGCAGUGGACCUGGUUGUGACUGAGGUUGUAGUACAUGUUCGGUUCCUCAUGGAGGCGCUUGUGCGGGUCUAUCCGGCUAAUGAGAGGUUCUGGUAUUUCAGCAGGAAGGCCUUCUCUGAAACGUUUUACCUCAAGCUCAAACAGGGCACAGGGAAGGGUAGCCAGGGAGAUACCAUGUAUGAAGUGGUCAGCCUGCAGAAACAUACAGAAUGUGCAGCAGGAGCACGUGGCCGCCUGCAGUCUCCCACGGAGGAAGAGGAACCAGAGGAAGAUAGCGACAGUGAGAUCUCUAGUGGGACAGGAGACGUGUCGAAGGACUGUCCCGAGAAGAUUUUGGAAUCCUGGGGAGGGAUCCUCAACAGAUGGCAAGGAAACCUGUUGGCGCGACCCAAGGGUCUGUCUGCUCUGGUGAAGCCUGGGAUCCCGGAGGCCUUACGAGCUGAAGUCUGGCAGCUCCUGUCUGACUCCCACAACGAUCGGCCUCUGCUGGAGCAAUACCGCAUCCUAAUCACCAAGGACUCCGCCCAGGAAGCCAUCAUCACCAGAGACAUCCAUCGCACCUUCCCUGCUCACCACUACUUCAAAGACUCAGGCGGCGAUGGCCAAGACUCUCUUUACAAGAUCUGCAAGGUGAGGUUGCAGCUGCCCAUCCUGCAGGACUCCGCCCAGGAAGCCAUCAUCACCAGAGACAUCCAUCGCACCUUCCCUGCUCACCACUACUUCAAAGACUCAGGCGGCGAUGGCCAAGACUCUCUUUACAAGAUCUGCAAGGAAGCUCAGCAGCUGUCAGAAAUAUUAAUGACGGCGCCCGUCUACCUGCAGGAGCCCAUUGAGCUCGGGACACACACGCUGUCUAUGCCCGAGGAGCAAGCUUUCUGCGUGCUGGUGAAGAUCAUGUACAAAUAUGGUCUCCGGGAUCUCUACAAAAACAACUUUGAAGAUCUUCACUGCAAGUUCUACCAGCUGGAGCGUCUGCUACAGGGGUUGAGCAUCAUUUUCAAUGUGGCGCUGGCUCUUCUGAAGGAAAAGCAAAGCCGUGAAGCCACUGGAGCUGGAGUAACGAAGGCCGGAGGACGAGGAGACGAUAACGUCCACCCAGUCUCGCAUCUCGCCUCCUUCAUCCCACACUUGGCACCUUUGGGAUACUUCUGGACCUCGACAGGAUGUCUGAGACGCUUUGAAGACGUUCAAAAUACGUCUCGACAGCACCACGCGACUCCCCUCCUGCCUGUUGCCAGGCAACAGAUUGCAAAUUUGGGAUUUCGGGAGGAGCUGGCCAAUGAUAAACUGGGAUCGAAGCGUAUUUCCUUGAAGUAUGUCAAGCCACUUUCGCACUACCGAAUCAACCGCCUGGACGAACUUUUCCAAAAUUGGACGCUGUCUCGGGACAUCAACGUGGCUGACUCCAGGUCAGCCCCAGAGCCUCCGUGGGAGGACGAUGCUAGGGACUCUGAAGGAGCCCAAGAGGCUCUUUCACCUUUGACCCCAGAGAGAGACUUGCCUUCACCACCGCUAUGGGCUCAGAUACCACCCGCUGUGCGGAGGCUGGAGGAAGGGGGCGCUGGAGAGGACAAGGGUGGGCUGGGCAAUGACUGUACAGAUAGAGUCAUGGGGCUGCUGGGCAUGGGUCACCGCCUGUUUGUGCCCCGGCUGCUGGCGACCUCCAAGGAAGACCUGCUUCAAGCUGACUUUGAGGGUGCGCUGAAAUUUUUCCGGGUCCAGCUCCCAAAACGCUACAGGGCGGCAGAGAACGCUCGGCGCUUGAUGGAGCAAGCCUGCAAUAUCAAGGUGCCAACAAAGAAGCUGAAGAAGUUUGAGAAGGAGUAUCAGUCUCUGAGAGAGAGCCAGCUGCAGCAGGAAGACCCUAUAGACCGAUAUCAGAGAGAAAACCGGCGGUUGCAGGAGGCCAGCAUGCGUCUGGAGCAGGAGAACGAUGAUCUCGCCCAUGAACUGGUGACCAGCAAGAUAGCGCUGAGGAACGACCUGGACCAGGCUGAGGACAAAGCUGAUGUUUUAAACAAAGAACUGCUCAACACUAAACAACGCCUGGUGGAGACCGAGGAGGAGAAGAGAAGACAAGAGGAGGAGACGGCACAGCUGAAGGAAGUGUUCAGAAGAGAGCUGGAGAAAGCCGAAUUAGAGAUCAAAAAGACCACAGCCAUCAUAGCAGAGUAUAAACAGAUAUGUUCCCAGUUAAGUACGAGGAUGGAGAAACAGCAGGAGUCCACAAAAGAGGAACUGGAUAUAGUUAAAGCUAAAGUGAUGGCGUGUGAGCGCUGUAGGGAAGUGUUCAGCAAAGACGGACCCCUGCAGAUCCCGGCGGUUAGUCAGGACAACCGGGACACGGAUCUGGACGAGGAAAAGGACUCGCUAAAGGCUCAGCUCCGAGAGCUAGAACUGGAGCUGGCGCAAACCAAACUCCAGCUGGUGGAGGCCAAGUGCAAGAUCCAGGAGCUGGAGCAUCAGAGGGGUGUUUUGAUGACUGAGGUCCAAGCUGCCAAAAACUCCUGGUUCAGUAAAACACUGGGCUCCCUCAAGAAUUCAGCCAGUAACCAGUCACCCUCCUCACCCAAAGAGGGCCAGUAGGACUCGCCAAGGGCUUAACCAACGGGUACAGGAGCGUGACCCUUCCACUUGGCCAAGCAGAGUAGAAAACAAGCUCUAAUAAACACUACUAGCAACACAACAUGGUAAUGCAGUAUUCCCUCACAUGGACUAAUGAACGACUUCCACAUGCAUUUAACAGUCUGUUAUGAUUUCCUUAGCUUGUGAUGCUGUCUACUGGACAGUAACAGUACUACAGUGAUAAUUAUUACAUUUAUCAAUGUUCAUCCAGCUAUCCGCUUCUGCAGUGGAUUUUUUUGUUAGUAAACAGUCAGUUCUAGCAUGUAAGUACAUUCUAGUAAGUACAUAAACUUUGACCUUUAGCUGCCAAUUCAAAGGUUUUUUAUUCUCAAAGGGAAUACUGCAUUCUGCUAACAAUAAAAGUAAAAAAUUGUUUUGUGUUUCUAUAUAUAAAUAAUAAAUGUAACAGGUUUGUCGUAUAAAUGUGUAUAACUAAAUGUCGAUUUUUAUUUUGAUCUUGUACAGUUCUGAAAGAAGUGUUGCAUUAUUUUUUACGAUUUUGAAUAUGAAUGUGCUCUUUAUAAAUGUCAAAUGCCGAAAAGCACAGACAAAUUGGCCAUGUAUCACAUGGCAUUCCCUCCGUCCGUUUUCGCAGUUUUAAAUUGCUGUAGACUGUUUGGGGUUCCGUUUCGCUGUGAGCAGAUCACAUGAUUUAUCAGACGACGCAGACCUUGACGUUGUGGCCACACAAUAUUGACCUCCCAAGUCGCACAUACUGCUUGUUUUAUGUUAUUUAACAGGUAUUCAUGAGCGCUUGGGUGACAGAUGCCAUGCGGAAAUCAAGAACGUGUCAAUAUGUCUCUUUUUUGUUCUUUUUUUAUUUUUUAGGGAAAGACGUAAACCAGGUCGCACAGAUGUAUCGUUGAGAUCAUUGUGACUUUAAAGCCAUGUGGAGUCAGUCUGCGUUUCAUUUUUUCUUCUGCUAUUUGUUAGAAUGUCCAUAUUAAUAACUUCCCUUCAUGUGUUAUUUCACAAAGGGGAGUGAAAUAAUCUGCAUGGCUCUUAUUCACACUAACAAGUCGCCAUAUUGGGAACAUGCUUUAUUUACACUGAUGUAAAAACAUGUUUGUUUUUUUUUACUGUGAUUUAAAGAUGCCAAACUAAUUAUACAAAUUAAGAAAGAGAUGUCAGUUUAAUAUAAACUAAUAGUGCUGUCCUGUGGGUUUCUACGGAUGGUUACAGGUGUUUUUAUCGUAAUCUACAGGACAGAAGACAUGGCUUCUGUGCAUCUGGUUUAUUUUCGGUUCAUCAGUUUCAUUGUUCCAUCAUGCUGAUGUCCUCUGUCUAAUAACUAUCUUACAGUAAAUAUCUGGUUCUUGAUCCCAUGUUUGACUACAAGUCUGAUUCAUUUGAUUCACACCUUUUGUCGUUUCAGUAAACAGUAAUGGUAAUUAAUUUAUGUAUAUUAUUAUUUCUUUGUUGUUUUGGUAGUUCCGUUAUUAACAGCUCGGUUUCACUUACCUUUCUGCUUAUAUAUAUAUUUUUUUUUUUAAUUAUAUAUUUAGGACAGUACAAGGGUAGAUAGAAAGGGGUCUUCGAAUCGGGACUCGAACUCGGGUCGCCCGAGACGAUGCAGCUCCACUUCAAAUUUGACUUUACUCUGUAAAAGUGAAUGAAUGUAGACAUACGUUCAGAAUAAAGUUAUUUUGUGUAAA